UAUAUCUUCAUUGCCCGCCAUAUUUAGCCCUCCGACGUUCAGGAAACGGAGACAGAUCCAAGUUCAGACGCGAGAAUCCGCAAAUCUGUGAACUCCACGGAAAGGAUCAACAGCGAGCAUCUAGCAGCUGGGAAAUCCUGCCCUGCGUUGCCAAAGCUUGAUUUCCUGAGACGGGGGCCACGGCCGGCGGCAAGAUGCACGUCGUGAUGCUGCCAUGGCUGGCCUUCGGCCACGUGCUCCCGUUCACGGAGUUCGCCAAGCGCGUGGCCCGGCAGGGUCACCGGGUCACCUUCCUCUCUACGCCGAGGAACACCCGCCGGCUCAUUGACAUCCCGCCGGGCCUCGCCGACCUCAUCCGCGUCGUGGACGUCCAGCUGCCGCGGGUCGAGCACCUGCCGGAGCACGCCGAGGCGACCAUCGACCUCCCCUCCGACGACCUCCGCCCGUACAUGCGCCGCGCCUACGACGCCGCCUUCGAGCGCGUGCUCUCGCGGCUGCUCCAGGCGGAGGAGAAGGCGGGAUCGAGACCGGACUGGGUCCUCGUCGACUACGCGUCGUACUGGGCGCCGGCGGCCGCGGCGAGGCAUGGCGUGCCGUGCGCGUUCCUCAGCCUGUUCGGCGCCGCCGCGCUCAGCUUCUUCGGGAGCCCUGAGACGCUCCUCGGCCUCGGGAGGCACGCCAAGACGGAGCCGGCGCACUUGACGGCCGUCCCCGAGUACGUCCCGUUCCCGACCACCGUCGCCUACCGCGGCUACGAGGCGCGCGAGCUGUUCGAACCGGGCAUGGUCCCGGACGACUCCGGCGUGUCGGAGGGCUACCGGUUCGCCAAGACCAUCCAAGGGUGCCGGCUCGUGGGCAUCAGGAGCAGCACGGAGUUUGAGCCUGAGUGGCUGCAGCUGCUCGGCGAGCUCUACGAGAAGCCGGUGAUCCCGGUCGGCCUGUUCCCUCCGGCGCCGCAGCAAGACGUGGCCGGCCACGAGGCGACGGUGCGCUGGCUGGAUGGACAGGCGCCAAACUCCGUCGUGUACGCGGCCUUCGGCAGCGAGGUGAAGCUGACGUGCACGCAACUGCAACGCGUCGCUCUCGGCCUGGAGGCGUCCGGGCUGCCGUUCAUCUGGGCGUUCCGCGCGCCGACCGAUUCCACCUCCGGCAGCCUGCCCGAGGGCUUCGAGGAGCGAGUGGCCGGUCGGGGAGUCGUGUGCCGAGGCUGGGUGCCGCAGGUGAGGUUCCUGGCCCAUGCAUCAGUCGGGGGGUUCCUGACGCACGCCGGCUGGAACUCGAUCGCCGAGGGCCUGGCGCAGGGCGUGAGGCUGGUGCUGCUGCCGCUGGUGUUCGAGCAGGGCCUCAACGCCAGGAACCUGGUGGACAAGAAGAUCGGCGUGGAGGUGUCGCGGGACGAGCAUGACGGGUCGUUCGCGGCCGACGACAUCGCGGCGGCUCUGAGGAUGGUCAUGGUGGAAGACGAAGGCGAGGGGUUCCGGGCCAAGGUGGAGGAGGUGGCCAAAGUGUUUGGGGACGACGAGGUGAAUGAUCAGUGUGUGAGAGAGUUUCUCUUGCACCUGUCGGAGCACAGCAAAAAGAACCAAGGAUAGGACUGAAACUUUCCGAUAUCAUCAACUAUCUUUCAGUGAAGUGAAGUAUGCUACAUGUGAUUUCUGGAA